AUGUAUUAAUGUAAAUCGUAAAUAUUUUGCUCCACAUUUGUGAUAACCUUAAUAGUUUAUUGAUAAAAUUAUUACACAUUUCCUACAUUCAGUAAAUCUUAAUUCAUAACAUUAGAAUAGGCCCUGUAAAAUCUACAGUGUUUUAAUGUUUCCAGGAUAGUGAAUAAUAUUAGUAACUUUUUGGUAUUAGCGUUUAGUGUCGUGUUUUAAAAUGGCAAGGAUUUUAAUAAGAAUCCUGGAUGAGUCGCGUAUAUCAAAUAGAUAAAUUAUAUGAUAUACUCAUAUAUUCUUUCAAUUAAAAUAUGGUAUUGUCUUCGUCAAAAUGAGCAGACGGAACAUGAGACUCAUUAUCAAUAUAAUUGCCUGUUUAUGUUUGAUCCUGCUUCCAAGAGUUCUAACCGAGCAAUGUUCUCAUACUAUAGUCGAGAAGAAUCUGACAAUCCAUUGUAAUAAUUUGUCAGUAGAAGAAUAUCUGGACAACAUGUUCGAAAUGAGAGUUGACAUCGGGGAUUUCCUGCAAGACAACAGCACAAAUAUCAGCAUAGAAUUAGAUCAAAACAACUUUACUCACAUCGAUGAAUGGAUCUACUUACCAUGGGAGGAGCGUUUAGAGAACAUUUUUACUUUAAGAAUAACCAAUUCAUCUAUAAACACCGUCAGAUCUUUAUCGAAAUUUCGAUUUUUAGAAACCCUAGAUCUCAGUAGCAAUAACAUUUCUGACUAUAACUUCCUAAACAGAAUGAAAAGGUUAAAAUACUUACAUUUAGGUUAUAAUAACUUCUCAGAUGAUAGCUUUUUAUUCGAUUAUAUCCGAAGGGAAACUACUAACUUAACUAAACUAGAUCUACGUCAUAGUAACAUAACAAACUUUACCAUUCCAUACGGGGUUGUAAAUGGUUACGAUUUAAGUUACAACAUUAAUUUAAAAAUGAUACUUUUUGAAAACACUCCUCCAGAUAUUCGAUUAAAUUUAAACCUUAGUGGUAACACGAAUCUCACUGUGAUCAAAAACAAAGUGUUUGACAGUUAUUACAUUUGUUUGUCCAGCAUUGACCUGUCGAACUCCCAUAAUAAUUUUAGCGAUAUACUUAAGAAUGUUCGUCCAUCACAUAGCAUUUCGUUAAAAAACAAUUAUCUACCAAACUUAAAUGAGACAACAUUCAAUCUCACUCAUAUUUAUUUGGACUGGUGCAUAUCUUCGCUUGGACUGUCAAUAGAUUUGUCUAAUGUCAGUAUGCAGAAUAUUUCAGCGGGAUUUUUUAAUUCCCGUCAACUAAAUUAUUUAAAUUUAAGUUUUAACAAUCUUACAAAACUAGAGCAUUCAUUUUUCGAUAAUUCUAGUGUCACUUCUCUAAACCUUUCGUAUUCCAAUAUAUCUUCUAUAGGAUCUAAUGUGUUCAAAAAUACGAACGUAAAAACCAUCGACUUAUCCAGAAAUAGCAUUAUCUCAUUAGAUGGAGUUAUUAAUCAAAUAUUUAGUAUAAAAGAAGCAUUGUUGGGUUUUAAUCUUGUUAAAAACAUCACUAAAGCUGUUUUUAAGAAAUGCAGAAAUUUGGAACUUGUUGACCUAUCAAGUGUUUACACUGACUAUGUCGGUAAAAAUGUAUUUGCCACAUUACCAUCCAUGAAGUAUUUGACAGUUAGUUUUAAAGGUUUCUUGAAUUUACCUGAAGUCCUAAAUAUGCACGUAUUAAAUUUAACUAUUGUAAAUUCCAAACUAGAUCGGUUAAAUUCAAGUUCGUUCAAAGGAUUCUAUAAGUUGGCUCAGUUAACUUUUAUCAAUUGUUCUGUCACUGGUAUCAGCGAGAACGCUUUUAAAGGGUUAUACAGUUUAAAAUAUCUGGAUUUUAAAGGACUAAACGCUCCCAGCAUAGAUCCCAAGAUAUUCAAGCCCUUAAAGGCAUUAGAAGAUUUGAAUUUAUCAAAUUUAAAUUUAAAAAAGAUUAAUUCAGAUCUUAGUGAAUUAUAUUCGUUGAAGAACUUAAAUUUAUCUUCAAACUCUUUAGUUUUGGAACAGUCGGCGUUUACUUCGUUGAAAAAAUUAGAGGUUUUGUCUUUAGCGAAUAAUAAGCUAUCAACUAUACCAGUUGGAAUAUUCUGGCCAUUAGAAAAAUUGACGCAUUUAUAUUUGAACAAUAAUGCUUUCCAGCAACUUUCACCCGGUGUAUUUUCUGGAUUAGGUAACUUGACACUCUUAGAUUUGUCUCAUAAUGGACUAUAUCGAACUAAAUUACACAUUUUGUUAUCGAUUUCGGUGGGUAAAAUGGAAUUUUUGUAUCUGCAAAAUAAUAAUCUAGGUAGUGAGUACGCUCACGAGGACAGUAAUUUAAGAAAAAACGAAUUUAAGAUGAUAUCUAACCACGCGUCAUUAAAGAAUAUCGACAUAAAUAAUAACGAAUGGCAAUGCACUACUCUUGUUGAUUUAAUAUCAAAUUUUAUGAGCAAAAACAUUUCCUGUUUACCUACAGACCCGGAGUACAAAACUACAAAUAUUAACGGAAUUAGAUGUACCUAUCUGGAUAACAUGUUCGAGUUGAGAGUUGACAUCGGAGAUUUAUUGCAAGACAACAGCACAAAUAUCAGCAUAGAACUAGAUCAAAAGAAUUGUACUCACAUCGACGAAUGGAUCUACUUACCAUGGGAGGAGCGUUUAGAAAAUAUUGUUACUUUAAGGAUACCCAAUUUAUCUAUAAACACCGUCAGAUCUUUAUCAAAAUUUCGAUUUUCAGAAACUCUAGGUUCCAGCACUAAUAACAUUUCUGAUUAUAACUUCCUAAACAGAAUGAAGAAGUUAAAAUACUUACAUUUAGGUUAUACUAACUUCUCAGAUUAUAACUUUUUAUUCGAUUAUAUCCGAAGAGAGACUACUAACUUAACUAUACUAGAUUUACGUCAUAGUAAUAUAACAAAUAUUACCGUUCCAUAUGGAGUUGUAAAUGGUUACGAUUUAAGUUACAACAUGAAUUUAAAAAUGAUACUUUUUGAAAACACCCUUCCAGAUAUUCGAUUAAAUUUAAACCUUAGUGGUAACACGAAUCUCACUGUGAUCAAAAACAAAGUGUUUGAGAGUUAUUACUUUUGUUUGUCCAGCAUUGACCUGUCAAACUCUCAUAAUAAUUUUAGCAAUAUACUUAAGAAUGUUCGUCCAUCACAUACUAUUUCGUUAAAAAACAAUUAUCUACCAAACUUAAACGAGACAACAUUCAAUCUCACUCAUAUUUAUUUGGACUGGUGCAUAUCUUCGCUUGGACUGUCAAUAGAUUUGUCUAAUGUCAGUAUGCAGAAUAUUUCAGCGGGAUUUUUUAAUUCCCGCCAAUUAAAUUAUUUAAAUUUAAGUUUUAACAAUCUUACAAAACUAGGGCAUUCAUUUUUCGAUAAUUCUAGUGUCACUUCUCUAAACCUUUCGUAUUCCAAUAUAUCUUCUAUAGGAUCUAAUGUGUUCAAAAAUACGAACGUAAAAACCAUCGACUUAUCCAGAAAUAGCAUUAUCUCAUUAGAUGGAGUUAUUAAUCAAAUAUUUAGUAUAAAAGAAGCAUUGUUGGGUUUUAAUCUUGUUAAAAACAUCACUAAAGCUGUUUUUAAGAAAUGCAGAAAUUUGGAACUUGUUGACCUAUCAAGUGUUUACACUGACUAUGUCGGUAAAAAUGUAUUUGCCACAUUACCAUCCAUGAAGUAUUUGACAGUUAGUUUUAAAGGUUUCUUGAAUUUACCCGAAGUCCUAAAUAUGCACGUAUUAAAUUUAACUAUUGUAAAUUCCAAACUAGAUCGGUUAAAUUCAAGUUCGUUCAAAGGAUUCUAUAAGUUGGCUCAGUUAACUUUUAUCAAUUGUUCUGUCACUGGUAUCAGCGAGAACGCUUUUAAAGGGUUAUACAGUUUAAAAUAUCUGGAUUUUAAAGGACUAAAUACUCCCAGCAUAGAUCCCAAGAUAUUCAAGCCCUUAAAGGCAUUAGCAGAUUUGAAUUUAUCGAAUUUAAAUUUAAAAAAGAUUAAUUCAGAUCUUAGCGAAUUAUAUUCGUUGAAGAACUUAAAUUUAUCUUCAAACUCUUUAGUUUUGGAACAGUCGGCGUUUACUUCGUUGAAAAAAUUAGAGGUUUUGUCUUUAGCGAAUAAUAAGUUAUCAACUAUACCAGUUGGAAUAUUCUGGCCAUUAGAAAAAUUGACGCAUUUAUAUUUGAACAAUAAUGCUUUCCAGCAACUUUCACCCGGUGUAUUUUCUGGAUUAGGUAACUUGACACUCUUAGAUUUGUCUCAUAAUGGACUAUAUCGAACUAAAUUACACAUUUUGCUAUCGAUUUCGGUGGGUAAAAUGGAAUUUUUGUAUCUACAAAAUAAUAAUCUAGGUAGUGAGUACGCUCACGAGGACAGUAAUUUAAGAAAAAACGAAUUUAAGAUGAUAUCUAAUCACGCGUCAUUAAAAAAUAUCGACAUAAAUAAUAACGAAUGGCAAUGCACUACUCUUGUUGAUUUAAUAUCAAAUUUUAUGAGCAAAAACAUUUCCUGUUUACCUACAGACCCGGAGUACAAAACUACAAAUAUUAACGGAAUUAGAUGUACCGUAUGAUCGAAAAAAACGGCGUCCCGUUGGCUGGGAAAUGACGAUCGAUGACAUUUCCCAUAUAAAUUUACAUAAAAAAUGACAGCGAUCUUCAUUUCAUAGCCAUUGCUGACGCCGUUUAUUUUCGAUCAUACGGUAUUUAGAUUAAGAGUAAAAUACGUCUCAUUAGAUGGGGUGUUAAUAUCAAUAUUCUUUAAAAAGCGGUGAUAAUCAUACAUCUUGACACUAAUAAAGAAUGACUAUGCACCACUCUAGUUAAGUUAAGAUCAAUUCAUAUUAGCAAAAACAUAACUUGUUUACCUAAAGACCUAGUAUAUGAAACUUCGAAAAAGAUUAACGGAAUUUGCUGUACUUAGAUUAAUUAUAAAAUAUUUGUGACAAUAACUUUUUGAUGACUUAUUUUGUACUUACUUUUUAAGCUGUAGUGUUCUAUGAAGUCAUUAAAUUAAGCAAUACAAAUCAUAAACAUUUCUUAUUAUAUCCCAUGUACUUCAAAAAACAAACGUUAUACAAAAUGACAACGAUCUUCAUUUCCACGCUAACUCUGACGCCGUAUUUAAUAUCUGGAUAACAUGUUCGAGUUGAGAGUUGACAUCGGAGAUUUAUAU